UUUUAAAUAACAAUAUAAUAUUAUGUAAUAAUAAAGUUUAAUCAGCUCAAUAAGGUUAAUGUUUGUUCGUAGUGAGUAUUUACAGACUGAUUUAGGUCGUUUAAGCAAAAAUAAAUAUACGUUCAUACACUUAGUGUAGUGUAUUUAAAAGUGAAUCCAUAGAAGCAUAAUAUCUAACAUGAGCUUAAACUUUAUAGAUUUAACUGUUCACUGAAUUUUAAACAAGGAAAGCAGUAGAUUAGCAAAAUUACUUCUCAAAAUUGAAGUCCAGAGACGGAGUAUAGGUCUUAUUAAAAUCUCAUUAGGUUUUUUCCCCAGCGGAUUUUAAUAGUUAAAAUUUUCAUUCUAUUUCGUGCAGAGAGAUUCGCGGAUAUUGGCAGGCAACGAUAACGAUUCAGAUAGCAAAUAUUAACAGCGGGCGCAGAAAAAAAAUAUGUGUGAUUCGCAUCAAGACGGUUUGGAAUUUUGAAAAUUUAUGUAUCAUUGUAUUUACAACCCACGACAAUUAUUUUAAGGAAUAAUUCAUUAAAUUUCGUGUCCGAGAUUCGUAUUAUGAGAGUAUUUUCAACAUGGACAACAUGAGAACACAUUAAUAUGCUCGUUACUGAGGUUACAUGUUUCCAUAUCACCGACGAGAACAGUUGUUCCUGACCAGAGCUGAUGCUGUAAUGAACAGAUGAUAAGCUCUGUUUGGAACCUGGGAGAGGGCUGGGCAGUUUCUCCGCGCGUGUGACCCCGGUGUGACCCGGGCAGUCGUCGACCAAUCAGCGACGAGGUCUCGCCGCGGGGAGGGUAUAUAUCGGCGGGGCGGCGGGGUCCCGGCACUGCUGGGACCUGAACUCCGAGACUAGACAUGGCCGUCAUCGCCCCUCUCGUGCUGGUGCUGGCGCUGGCAGCCGCAGUGCUCGGCGAGUGCCACAACCCGCCCGCCGUCGACAACCUGGACUCCAGCGAGAUCCUUGGCACGUGGAAAGCCAUCGCCUGGCCCAAGAAGUACAACGGCAAGUACAAGUGCGGCAACCAGACCUUGGAGCGCAGCGGUGACGUCAUCAACUACGUAAUCCACCAGUACAACGUCACCGCCGGCGCCUGGGAGACCAGUCACGGACACAUCAGCGAGACCGGACACUCCGGACGGUAUCACGGAGAGAGAGUCGGUCUGGACAACAAUGUGAACUGGGACGUGGUGGGCAUCUCCCCGGGCAAGUGGCUGGUCUACCACCAGUGCCGCGUGGACAUCGGCAGCGAGAUCGCCAUCGCGCUGUACAAGGACGGAGUGACCUUGACCCCCGAGGAGAAGGCCGCCGCCAUCGCCGCCCUGCCGGGCCCUGCUGACCUGUACUCCGAGUGCCCGGAGUAGACGCGACGACCACUGCCUCUGUCUCCUGCACUCGCUCUGUUCGCGUGGAUAAUAAAGUCUGAGUUCACCCA